UUUUACUCCUGAAAGUAUGGCCAGAUAUAAGCCCUGGCAGUUUGGUUGCUGUCUCUGUAUUGGCUUAUUGGGUGCUAUAAUAUCCAUUUGUCUCUGCAUAGCCUUCGAUGUAUUUAUCCACCGAGGAUGCUCGGAGGACACCUUCAAGAACGCGGCAGUUUCUGCGGACUCUCAACUUUGCUCAGAGAUUGGCAGGUAAGGUGAAAACCUUCAGUUCGAGAGAGACUGUCCCACAGUUAUUCAAAGCUGACCUGCUGAAGCAAUGUCCCACAUCUGUCACAUUUAUCACAGGUAGUCAAUGGAUUGGCGUUCCUGGAGAGUUGCGUGGGUAUGAGGUGGUUCACAGACAGUAUGGGAAGCUGCCCUGGGCCAAGCUGUUUGAGCCCACCAUUAGACUGGCCAGAGAGGGAUUCCCUCUGCCGCCCUACCUGGGACGCCUCCUUAACUUCCCAAUCAUAGAAAACCUGGUGAAAGCAACAUCACUCUGUGAGGUGUUCUGCAACAAGAACAAAACGGUGCUGGGCAUGGGGGACAUAUUGAAGUUCCCUAAGCUGGCGGAAACCAUGGAAACCAUUGCAGAACAAGGAGCAGAUGCCUUUUACACUGGCCAAAUUGGACUUGACUUGAUCCAAGAUGUAAAAGCAGCAGGUGGGACCCUAACCAUGGAGGAUCUGAAGUCAUUCCAAGUCAGAGUGGAAGAUGCCUGGACUGUUCCUCUGGGAGAAUACCAGAUGCACAUCCCUCCACCUCCAGCAGGGGGAGCCAUGCUUGCCUUUAUUCUCAACAUCAUUAAAGGGUUUAAUUUCACCCCCAGGUCCAUGGAGGGGGACCAGAAGGUCCUGACCUAUCACUGCUACAUUGAGGCAGCUAAAUUUGCUAGUGGACAGAGGAGACGCGUCCGCGAUCCUGUCUUCAACCCUAAAAAAGAUGCAUCGUAUAUGGUGGACUCAGAUUUUGCUGAUCGGAUCAGGGUAUUGAUCAGUAAAAACCGUACCUAUAACAACUCCUACUACAACAUCACACCUUCCCCUGACCGCUUUGGGACCACACACGUGUCAGUCCUGGCUGAAGAUGGAUCUGCAGUCUCUGUCACAAGCACCAUCAACCAAAUUUUUGGUGCAGCGAUUUACUCUCCUAGAACAGGCAUCAUCCUCAACAACGAGCUGGCGGACUUCUGUUUUAGAGCAGAGAGAGUCAGUGCAGGUGAACAACCUCCCUCUUCAAUGGCUCCAGCUAUACUGAGCUCCAGCUCUGGAAAAAAUACCCUUGUAAUUGGGGGAUCAGGGGGCAGCAUGAUCACCACAGCCAUGGCCCUGUCAAUCAUGAACCACCUUUGGUUGGGGAUGAGUUUGAAAGAGGCCAUUGCUGCUCCUGUAGUGUUUGUUGACGGCAACAACAACGUGAACUUUGAGCCUGCCUUUGAUAAGUCUGUGAUAGAGGCCCUAAAGGUAAUUGGACACAGAGUGACAGACUACCCAUACUUCUUCAACGUGGUCAAUGCUGUGGCCAAGGAGGACAGAUGCAUCACAGCCGUGUCAGACGGCAGGAAGCAGGGCAAAGCUGCUGGCUACUGACCAAUAGAAAACCAGGACAUUAAGAGGUUACCAAGACCAGGUGUUCCCUUACUCAGGUCUACAGCCAAGUAGUGGGCCUCAGGACACUGCAGUAGAUCCAAGGGGAUCAUCAUUUUAGUGAGAUGUAUUUUUAUAGUUCAUUUAUCUUUAUAUAUUAACUAUUUUUCUAAACCAACAGUCCAAAAGCCUUAAGAAGAAUCAAAUGUGCCUCUUGACAAAAUAGUUUGGGCUUUUUUGGGGCCUCUCACUUUGGCACUCAAAUGGAUAGAGUUUUACAUUUUACAAAGUACAUAUAGUACAUGUUUGUUCUUUCAGGACUUACUGUACAGUACGCAUACAGUAUAGUGAGGUCCUGAAGGAACUGACAUGGGAACCGAAGGUCAGUACAGCCUGUCAGCCUGUGGUAACACGGGGCUCUUGCUGUGACCACAAGGACCUGUCAGAUUCAGGCAGAACAUGUAACAACACAAUCCUCCAAGUUAAUUUAUUAGUCCUUCUCUGGAGUGUAGUAGCAGUACUCUGAGACUCACACAUUCAUAAAGAUUAAACAGGCUUUCUGCGGCCCCUUUCACAGUGCAUUGUAAUAGAAUCAACAUCUGAAAUAGCAAGUAAAUCGGUUAAAGGGGCUGAAUGAAUACUGGUGCGAUAGUGAUAGUGUGCAAUCUUACAAAAGCUAUAAUGGCACAUAUUACCAAAAUGUGAAAAGUAAUGUGCACUGAUGUUGAUACUGUGAGAGUACUGUGUUAGCUUUUUAUGUAUUUAAUUGACCUCACCAGGGCCUGUUGUCACAAAUGUACAGAUUUAUAUAGGUCCCCUCCAGGUCUAUUAAAACUUCAACCAGUGUUAACUUUCAGCAUGUUGUGUCUGAGAUGAAUACUAAUUAGAUCUACUUUUUCUGUUUGCCCUAAAAGAGGUGAGAACAGCUUUCCCACCCCCAACGGAGACAAAGGCAAUAGUAAUGAGAUGUGUUUCAAUAGUGGAGCUUAUGAAUGAGUAAUGAUCUCCGAAGUGGAUCCUCCCAGGCGCUAGAUGUGAAUUAUGAAAACAUGCAAAUCUGCUACCCAGUGUUAGGUGCUGGUGUCUGGUGUUCAUGUGGGAUCAUUUGGAGUAAAGGAGCUCAGUCUUUGGUAUGUGGCAGAGGGUUUCAUCAGGUUUAGCUGAAUGAUAAUAAGGCUCUCGUGAAUCAGACCAUCUCGAACACUCGUGGAAAUGCUUGACUAAAGCCUUAGUUAAUCAACUCUCCAAUACAGCAUAUUCUCUGUCCAGAGCAUGCCAAAGCUGUAAAAUAGUUGUUAAAAGCUUUGCCUCAUCGUUUUGUAUCCUGCUCUCCAAACGUUUAAGGGCUUUAUGUUCCUUUCCCUCCAAUAAUACAGUGAGAGAUGUGGUAUGACCCUGUCUGAAGAGACAGUAUUGUUGAGGUCAUGUCAUGAGCGUUUACUGAACUCUUGUUGGUGGGAAAUGAUUGUUAUAGUCAUAAACUGUAGCUCUGCAGCACAUGCUGUUCCCACGUUCACUUUGCCCGUUGACCGUAGUAUGUCACAUAGACUAUGUCCGAAACAUGACGCUAAAGACAAUAGACACAGGUUCAAUAUUUUCUGACAGACCUUGUCCCUUUCUGUUUGCUAUAUUUGGUCGUAGAGUAUAUGGUCUAUGUUACGCAUUCACUAUAUCCCUGAGUGGCACUGAGAAUAGUUUCAGGUUUGGUUUACAUUAGUUUUCUUGUUACCCUCUAUGCCAUUAUGACAUAAUGGUUUCAUGUUUACUGUCCAAAUAACAUGCAUCAAGUAAACACAUGCAAUAUAUCGUUUUUUUUUAAAGUGUGGGAAAAAAGUUACGUAACACUUAGCCUUACAAGAUAAAAAAUGAUCAUCAAUAAAUAUGUUGUCAUGGUAUAAGCAAUGUGAUGCAGAAACGUUGGUGGUUUAGCCAAUAGAUUUCUGGUAGCUUAUACAGUGCUUUUGGAAAGUAUUCAGACCCCUUGACUUUUUCCACAUUUCUUAACGUAAUAGCCUUAUUUAAAAUGUAUUAAAUA